AUCAAAUUUAUCUUCAGCUCCUUUGUUCAGACAAAAAUAAUUUUCGAUCCCUCUCCAUUUUCCCUCUCUUUUCCAUCUUUGGAGGGAAAAGAAAAGCUCUCCAAAAAAAAAACACCCGAACCAGAAUCCCGUUUUGCACUGGAACUUACUUACUGUGACUAAAGCUUACUGAAUUUUUCUUAUUGGAUUUAAUAUCGGGCGACAAUCUUUGAACUUUGCGCUUAUUGAAGUUCAGGUAACAGGGAUUGCAGUCCAAAGAUUGGUGAGAUCUUCACAUUGAAAUGCAAACAAGGAAAAGGGUUUCUGGAAGAAAUGCUUGUCGACAGCAUGCCAGUCCCAGAAUUUCGAGAGCUCAAAAGAAGACGUCUGAAAAUGUACAAGGUGCAGAAAAGAGAGUGACAGAGCUUAUUACGUCUUCAGCUAGAAAGCAGAAACUUGCAAAUCUGAAUAAUAGAUAUGGCUCGGAGCUUGAUAAAAAUUCAAAUGCUUGUUUGGAGCAUAACGCAGCUACCGUUGCUUCUGUGGAUCACAAGGGAUGUAAUGAGAGAAGUGCUCAUGAGUUGGAAACUAUUUUCUCUCCUGCUUUUCACAUAUCAAAAAUUUCUGGAGGGGAUAUUGCUAGUGGAGUUGACUUCAUCAAAUUCUUUUGGAGUGAAGACCAGAAGCUUCAUCAGGGUAGUGGAAUGGAAUAUUCACAAGUUGACAUGCCGAAAAGCCAUUAUGCUCAAGAAUCCUCCUUUGUAGACGAGAAGAAUUGCUCUUCAACUUCCUUCAUUGCAUCAGGUGAUUGUGACAUGGGAGAUGCAAAUGUAUCUUCCGGAAACUUAGGGGCACUGAGCUUUGGUCAUGAGUCGGUUGUUCUAGAUACAAACAUGGAUUCUUAUCGUGGUUCGGAGUCAGGGCCUGCCCUUUCAUCUGAAGUUUCUGCCAUCUAUCUGGCAAUGAAGAACUCAAAGUUAGAAUGUAUUGAUGAGCAUGGUCAAGAUUCUAUGUCGGCUGAUGUUUGUGUUGAGGAUGAAGAUUCUGAAGAAUUUGAUGACUUUGAUCCAUAUUUAUUUAUAAAAAAUUUACCUGACUUGUCCGCAGUUGUCCCCACUUUUCGGCCUGUGCUAUUACCGAAACAAACCCGGAGCUGUCCUCCUACUACUCUUGUUCUUGACUUGGAUGGUAAGAAUAUCAAGAUAUUUAGUUCUGUUGUGAUUUUUAUGAGCAUAAUUGAGACUUCAUAAAUGUCUAUCAAAUAUUGCUUGCUGUUCUUUGGUUGCUUAAUGCAACUUUAUAAUGAUAUUUAUCGAAGGGCGAGAAACAAUUGGUUUUCUUGUUAUCAGCUGGUCCUGGAUCC